UUAUUGUAGCAAAACGUUGACAGCGAUAAAAUUGAGUUGGCAUGACCAAACUAUCUUGCUGUCGAUAUAUCCAGCAUAUAGCAAUGAAUACUCUUAAUUUAAAAUCUUUCAGCUGUCCAAACAAAUCUGUUUGUUGUCACUAUAUUAACGAAAAAUUUGCUGUUCCAGCGAAAUUCGUUUUCUCCGUGCGUACGAUAACUUUACUGAUGAUUCCCCCCAAUAUCAAUAGCGCCAUUUCUCGGCACGGAUCGAAAAAUAAUUUGAUUAUGCCAAUCAAAAUAUUUUAACGGCAUGCUUCGAACAAUAUCAUCGCGUAUGCCACUACGCUUCACUUUAGCCGUGCUAACGCACUGAGAAAAAAGCGGUCAAGAAUCAACGAAACUUUAUAUUUAAACGAACAAAAUUCCUCUAAGCACGCUUAGUCCACUGAACAAAUGAUAUAAUUGCUGUGAUGAGUUAUCAGCUGAUUCAACGCGACUGCGAUUUGGCCAGUAACGAGGCAACAUAUUGUUGCACCAACAUAACGUCAUUUCUCUAGUAAUAAUUUUCCGACCGAGGGUGAUUCGUCAAUUCAACCGUUUCAUUCUCAGUGCGUGCAAACUGAAUAGAGGAUGGCGGAAAAUACCGGACGAUCGUGACGAUCGUAAAGGCCGCAGUCUCGGACAUUUGCGAGCCUGGCAUAAAUCGGGAGACCUUGGCGCGCAAUUAAGAACAAAUUCGUUUGGUGGACCGCUGUUCUCGGUCGUACCGCAUGCAAAGUGCCGGACUUGUCGCCCGCACGAGCGUUUCGCCGCGAAGAGGAGCGGCCGGAGGAGGACGGAAGAGCAGCGGGAGGUGCGCGCGUAUUUCGAGAAAAAAAGUAGUUCGCGGGCUAAAUGUCAACGCGCUCUAAAUUCAAGUGCAAGUGCGCGCGAGAGGCUGUUGAAGGUCCGUCCGAUGGAGAUGCAUGUAUGAGAUAUGCGAGGCAAGGAGAGCCUGAGUGCGGCCAACCGCCGUGUAUUUUCGGUAAUGGCAAGUGUAAAGGCAUAGCAUUGACGGUGAGAUUCCUGACGAGGAGGUAUAUCGGGGAGUACGAUCACCAAUCAGAAACCAGAUACAAACAUGAAGUACUUGUCGACGGGGAGCCUAUUCUUUUCGAAAUUUUAGACACGUGCCCGAAGAGCGAGGUUGAGCUGCCGUCGAUGGAAACUUUGCAGUGGGCGGACGGCUUGUUGCUGGUUUAUUCGAUAACAGACAGAGGGUCCUUUAAUUUCGUGAGGAAAGCGAAGGAAGCCCUCGCGGUAGCCGAUCCGGAAGCCGCGAUGCCUCUCGCUCUCGUUGGGAACAAAGCCGACAUGGUUCAUCUACGGCAAGUCAGCGCCGAAGAAGGAGAGAUUUUGGCGAAGGAUUUCGAAUGUUGGUUUAGCGAAAUAACUGCUGCCGAGCAGGUGGCUCAAGUCGCGGAAUCCUUCCACGAAUUAUGCAGAGAAGUUCUCGCGGCCAGAAGAAGAAACAAGCAAUCUUUGUUGGACAGAAUGCUCGGCAGUAACAAGACGCGUGCUUAUUCGCGCGGGAAAAGCGAUUCCGCUCUGCCGAAGGAGUAGAUGUUGCCGUUCGAAAUGUUUGAAAUCAAUAUCAUCAAUAUAAAAAGAGAACGCAUCUUAAUUAGAAAACGAUAAUAUAUCGCAUCUUUAAAAAAGUGAUUAGGACGACUCGGAUAAUUAUAAUUCACAUUAUUCGUACGACUCACACAAUUCAGGACGAUAUACCUGUCCGAUCAAUAACGAUGAACACGAAGCUCUCUACAAAUACCAAAGAAAAUAUAAAUUUGUAUUUGUACAGUAACGAGAUUAUCACAUAGCAUAGUGUACAAAUUUUUAUAAUAUAAUCUUUUCGCAAAAUGACGAGACUAUCUAGAUCUUCGCUAAAGCUAGGGUUCUGAGGUGUACUAAAGAAAAUCAGCGACAAAUGGCCAGCUCUGAUUCUAACUUGCCCACAAUUAUCACAUCGCCAAAUAAAAAAUAAGCGUUGUGUUAUUUUUUGAAUUCAAAAGGCUGACUGUGAGCGUGACUUAUAUAUGAAUAGUUUACGUAUAAGUGUUAUAACAUACUACAAUUAUUCUAUAUUUAUUUUGUACUUAUACAAUGAGAUAUCGUGACAAUAAAUUAUGGCAAUAAAUUUAA